CUUCUCUUUCCACUUUUUUUUCUUCAUUAUAUUUUCAUCACACCGAGCACAAAACUCCGUCUCGGCAGCUACUCUCGCCGUGCUGUUCUCGUGCAACACUUCCGAGGCAGCCGUGACAUUGAUUCACGCCGCCAUUAUCGCCUUUAAUAACUACCUAGUUUUGGAAGUUGUUGAACACUGUAAAAAAAUCAUGGAGAAGCCUGAAAAUCAUCUCAAUACUGACGAUAUCAGUGAAAAAGAAGCAUCUCAGCUUGCUGCAUUGUUGAAAGAAAUGAAGGAAGGACUUGAUAAUGUUAACCGCAAAAUUCAAACUUUAACUGCCAAGGUGAAAGCUCAGAGUUCUACCGCAGAUGGAUUCAGUUAUCUCGAAGCUAAAAAUUUGCUUCUUUUGAAUUAUUGUCAAUCCCUUGUUUAUUAUCUAUUGCGAAAGGCUAAGGGAUAUUCUAUAGAAGAACAUCCCGUUGUUCGAAGUAUAGUUGAGAUCAGAUUAUUUUUAGAAAAGAUUCGUCCUAUUGAUAAAAAACAGCAAUACCAAAUCCAGAAAGUUAUUAAAGCUAGUGAAAGUGCAGCAAGUAAUGCCAAUGAGAAGGUGCCGGCUACGUCCAGUAAGAGUGAGGACGUUUCAAAGUAUCGACCAAAUCCUGAUGGUCUUAUUAGCAAAACACAACCAACCGCCCAGGAAGGUGAUGGUGACGAUGUGUAUCGUCCUCCUAGAAUUGCUCCUACUUCUAUGGAUAUGGAUAAAUCUUCAAAGCAAGAAAGAAAUGCCAUCCGAAGAGAUAGAGAAAUUCUGAAACAGGCUAAGCAAAGCGAUUUUAUCAGAACAAUGGUGAAUGAUAUGGAGGAAAGACCUGAAGAGAUACGAGAUUUUAUGGGAAAUAGCAGAGAAGUGGAUAAGUAUGUUAGCCAACAGGACGAGCGUUCUAGGCAAGAGGAGGAACUAUUCACCCGUGUUCCUAUGACGAAACAGGAGAGGAAGAGAGAGAAGUACAUGAAGAAAGCAACAAAUGGGAUGCAAGGCAUAACAGAAAGUUUAUUUGAUGAAGUCAAAGGAUUACACUUUGAAGAUGAUUCUGGUGAGCAAACAAUGGGCUUCAAAAAGGGUAGCAAAAGAAAUGGGAAGCAUGGGAAGCUGAAGAAGCGAAAGAGGAAACAUUGAAGAAAGAAAAUUUGGGGUUCGACCUACUACCAGACCACUGUUAUUUGGAAAUACUGCAUGCUCUUGGAGGAAGUAAUGCAAGUGAGUGUUUAAGCCCGAGUUGGAUUGCUGCAUUCCUCACUCACUGUGGCUAAACAAGUAGGGAUUGUAGAUUUAAUUUUUGUUAUUAUCAUAGUCAUCAUCGAAAUUGGCUCGUGCUUAGGUUUAUUGAGAACUUGGAUUUGAGAUUUUAGAAAAAAUGAAAUGAUUGUUUAUUGGCUGAUGUAUUUUAAACAAGUAGAGGUGAACUGUAAAGCAAAUUAAACUUCAUAUUACUGAAUGCGAACCUUUCUAA